GAUAGAGAGUUGAGGAGGUGACUUUUUAACAGACUCUGAGGAUCAUCGCAGUCAGUCAUGGGUUGUUCGGGGAUUCUGACAUGGACACUGUGUGUCCUCCUGAGCUGUAUGUGUGUGGAUCAAGUGGGAGCUGAACCGCAGUACCUGGUGGCCAUUCCUGCAGUUAUUGAAGCUGGAGCUGAGACCAGAUUCUGUGCAAGUCUCCUGCAGCCCAGUGAGACUCUGGUCAUGACUGUCACUCUGAGGUCCACAGAGGAGAAUACAACCCUGCUCACACACAAAUCCAAUGAAGAGUUUCAUACUUGUACUGAGUUUAAGGCUCCUUUAGUGGAAAGGGAAAAGAUUAUGGAUUUUGAGGUGGAGGUAAGAGGAGACACAUUUCAUUCAAAAGAAGUCAGAAAAGUCAUGAUCAAAGCCUACAAGGCCAAGACGUUCAUCCAAACAGAUAAACCCAUCUACCUCCCUGGACAAACAGUGCAUUUCAGAGUCAUUGCGCUGGACUCGAAAUUGAGACCUGCCAGUCAGCUGUACAGUGUCAUCAAACUCGAGGAUCCAUAUAGAAACAGGAUUGGACAGUGGCUAAAUGAAACAUCCAACAGUAAAAUAUUGCAGCUUUCUUACUCCUUGAACUCUGAGGCCCGUGAAGGAACAUACAACAUAAUUGUGUCAGUGGGUGAAAAUCAAGUGUAUCACAGCUUCAAGGUGGAGAAGUAUGUUUUACCUAAAUUUGAUGUAACAGUAAAUGUACCUCAAGAAGUGAGUAUUGGCCAAGAAGAAUUUGAUAUUAAAUUAUGUGCAAAGUACACAUAUGGCCAGCCUGUGCCAGGAAGUGUUAUAGUUACAGUGUGCCGGCCUUUUUGGCGCUAUGGUAUCACCAAUGAAAUGGCAGAGAACCUCAACAUAACAGCCCCCUGCCACACAGACUCUAAACAGGCAGACAAGACAGGUUGUGCAGCUGUUACCUUCAAGUUGUCAACCUUCACCAGAACUGAUAAAAAGAUACUUAAAGAUGAGCUGAAUGUCAAUGCCAAAAUGGAAGAGGAGGGAACAGGCAUUUCACACCAACAAGAAAAGAGAAUAAGGAUCUCAUAUUCCCUUGGAGAGGUGUCUUUCAUUUAUAUGCCCAAACUUUGGGAACCAGGAUCAAAUGUGGAAGGAAAAGUCAAAGCAGUUUUCUACAAUGAUACACCCAUUCCUGAAGCACCUGUGUACCUGUUUGUGGGAGAAAGGUGGUCGGCACGCUCACUACAAAAUCUAACAACUGACAGCAAUGGUGUCGCCUCAUUUUCAUUCAGCACAGAAAACUUCGAUCAGGAUAUUAUUCUCCAUGCCAGCCUGACACCAACACUGAAAUACCAUGGAUAUAGAACUGUUUUCUAUCAGCUUGGAUUUCACACACUGUCUAAGUCCCAACCUUCUUCUCAAAAUACUAAAACCAUCAGCUCACUGGAUGUGAAGAAGAAGGAUAAAGCCCUUUCCUGUGACACAGAGGAGAGUAUAUCUAUCCAGUACACUGUUGUGGGAGAAACCCCAGCCUACAUGGAUGUGAUGUAUCUGGUAUUGUCCAGAGGAACCAUUGCCAUGCAAGGAUUUAAACAGACUGAAAUUAAAGAUCAGUCAGUGAAUGAGGGUGAAGUGUCCUUUAAGUUGAGAGUGUGUCCUGAGAUGGCACCAGACAUCCAGAUUGUUGCUUAUGCUGUACUCCCCAGCAAGAAUGUGAUUGCUGACAGCUCUGACUUCUCCACUGAGAAAUGCUUUAGUCACAAGGUGUCACUGGAGUUCAGAUCUUCUUCAGGUGUCCCAGGAGAAAAAAACAACCUGCAGGUGACGGCCCUGCCGCACUCUCUGUGUGGGGUGAAAGCCAUCGACAAGAGCGUCCUCAUCAAGGCGCCAGGAACCAUUUUGGAUGCAGACAAGAUAUUUCGCCUGCUACCUGUCAGGAAAGCAUAUAUCCCACAUAACAUUCAAGAGCCUAGUGUAUGCUUGAAUGUGAGAACAAGAAGAUACAUUUCACCAUUACCUGAUAAAGAUGCCUACAUAAUUUUCAAGAAUGCAGGACUGAAGAUGGCAACAAACCUGCUGAUCCGAAUUCCCUCAUGUGUGAGAUUCCAGGGAAGAGAUUACCAUCACAAUCUUGUUUUGGAGGUAACCUACUUUUCUAGACUGUAUACACCACAAAUGAGCUUGGACACAAAUGCACCUGAUCUACCUGUAGCACCUAUAGAAACUGUCCGUACUUUCUUCCCGGAGACUUGGAUAUGGGACUUGGUGGAAGUUGGAGAGUCUGGAUCAAAGGAUGUGCCCCUCAUCAUCCCAGACACUAUCACCACCUGGGAGACGGAGGCUUUCUGUUUGUCCUCUCAGGGAUUUGGUUUGGCUCCUCCUCAAGAAGUUAAGGUCUUCCAGCCCUUCUUCCUCGAGCUCACAAUGCCCUACUCCAUCAUCCGUGGGGAGCACUUUGAACUGAAGGCAACAGUCUUCAACUACCUGACCAACUGCAUCAUGGUCACUGUCUCUCCUACACCUUCCUCAGAUUAUACCCUCACCCCCCUCUCUGGUGACCAGUAUACAUCCUGUUUGUGCGCCAACAAGCGCAAGACCGUCAGCUGGACCAUGACCCCAACAACUUUAGGAGUUGUAAAUGUGACUGUGUCUGCUGAGGCAGUGCAUUCCCAUGUUUCAUGCGAUAAUGAGGUUGUGAGGGUACCAGAGAGAGGUCGCAUUGAUGUGGUCACAAAAUCCCUGAGAGUAAAGGCUGAAGGGACUGAGAUGACAAAGACGUCCAACUGGCUGCUUUACCCAAAAGGAGACACACUAACAGAGGAAACAGAGAUACAACUACCUGAGAAUGUGAUUAAAGGAUCUGCUCGCGCUUUUGUAUCAGUUCUGGGUGACAUCCUCGGCCGUGCUCUGAAGAACCUGGAUGGACUGCUGCAGAUGCCGUAUGGAUGUGGAGAGCAGAACAUGGCUCUUCUAGCCCCCAACAUCUACAUCCUCCAGUACCUGAAAGGUACACAGCAGCUCACCCCAGCAAUCAUGGAAAAAGCUGCCAACUUCCUGACCAGCGGAUACCAAAGACAGCUGAACUACAAAAGUAAUGAAGGUGCUUACACCACAUUUGGAAGAGGACCAGGAAACACAUGGCUGACUGCUUUUGUGAUGAGAAGUUUUGCCAAAGCUCAGUCUUUCAUCUACAUUGAUCCCACAAAGAUUGAAGAGUCUAAGACGUGGCUGGAAAGUAAACAACAAGAAAAUGGCUGCUUUGAAAAGUCAGGAAAACUCUUCAACAACAGAAUGAAGGGUGGUGUGUCUGAUGAAGUGACUCUCAGUGUGUACAUCACUGCUGCCUUCCUGGAAAUGAAUGUAUCCCAAAAUGAUCCUGUGGUGAACAAGAGCCUGGCUUGUCUCAAGAAGUCCAUCAGUGACCUCAGCAACACCUACACUACAGCUCUGCUGGCGUACGUCUUCACCCUGGCAGGAGACAUGGAGACCCGUGCUCACCUUCUGCAGCACUUAGACACAGUUGCAGUGAAGGAAGGAAGCUUCCUCUAUUGGUCUCAGACAGCAACAGAAACAUCAGCCUCUCUGUCAGUGGAGAUCAGUUCUUAUGUGCUGUUGGCCAAACUCAGUGCCUCCCCAACUGUUGAGGACCUGGGCUAUGCCUCUGGUAUUAUCAGGUGGCUAACCAGCCAGCAGAACUACUAUGGAGGCUUCUCCUCCACUCAGGACACAGUGGUGGCUCUUCAGGCUCUGGCUCUCUACUCCACUCUGGUGUUCAGUCCUGAGGGUUCAAGCACAGUGACCGUUCAGACUCCCAGCAGUCAGCUGACAUUUGAUGUAAAUCAGGACAAUAAACUGCUCUACCAGGAGAAGACGAUGCAGGACAUGUCAGGAAAAUACAGCCUGGAGGUGAAGGGCACUGCAUGUGCUUCAGUGCAGAUUUCUGUUCACUACAACAUCCCAACUCCUACUGAUGUCAGCACUCUCAGCGUGGAGGUCAAACCAGAGGUCGACACCACGAGUGAAUCUCCCAGACCCAAACUCACUCUGAAAAUCAAAUCCCUAUACAGCGGAAAAGAAAACACUACAAACAUGGUGAUCCUGGAUAUCAAAAUGCUCUCUGGAUUUGUCCCAGAUGCAGAGUCUCUGAAAAGGCUCAAAGGUGCUCCACUGGUGGAUCGUGCUGAGCAAACAGAAGAUCGUGUUCUGGUGUAUUUACGGGAGUUACCAAAGGACACACCCAUCAACCUCAGCUUAGAGAUCAUACAGGAGCUCCCAGUGGACAACCUGAAGCCAGCUGUGGUCAAGAUCUAUGACUACUACCAGCCAAGUGACCAGGCUGAGACAGAAUAUAUUUACCCAGGAACUGCAGCUUAGAGAAAGCCCUGUGGUCAGUCCAGAGGUCACCACUCAAGAUAAAACAUGCAUUUCAAUAAAGAUUCUGUUUAAGCACAUAUAUGUCUGUUUGUGUGUGUGUGUGUGUG